AUGAGUCAAAUGAGUUUACCUCGUAAUGUUUUUAAAAAAAAGAGUUUACAACCGUUAUCGAGAUUCAGAGCUGCUGUGUUUAUGACAAUUGCUAAUUUGCCUUGGUUAAAAAACGAUGAUUAUCAAUCCGCUCCUUUAGAUUCGUUUGCUACAAUAUAUACGAAAAACCUUAUUUUAGCUUGCAAAUUAUCUGAAAUAUCUGUUUUUCAAAAAUUAAUUUUACUCAAACCACCAGACGAUAGAACAAUGUUUGAAUUAGAAACAAUCGAAUGGAUGUUCGCAGUAGGAUAUAAAUUUUUUCAUCUUUGUUCAAUUGAAAUUAAAAUGACUCUAAUCAGAAGGGCAUCGUAUAAAUGUUAUGGUCCUGGUAGAUGGAUACUGAAACAGGGGCAUUUAUCAACAAAUAUGUAUUUAAUUGUCAAAGGAAAUGUGAGAGUUACUGAAGAUGUUCAAAAUCCUGUUACUAAAUUUAUGGAAAGCACCGAACGUUGCAUACUAAAGGAAAAAAAAUCUUUUGGCGAGAGUGGUGUUAUGUUUAAUACACGUAGAAUAAAUUCUGUACAAUCAAUAAGUACAGUGGAAUUAAUUUGCAUAUCGAAAAAUGAUUUCACGGAUAUUAUCAAAAAUAAUUUGCAACUUAAGUGGAAUGCAAAUGCAACAGCAAUAAAAAACUUUUCUUAUUUUAAACACCUAAGUUUAUUGGAGUUAAAUAGGUGUAGUACAGUUUCGUUUAUUAAAACAUUCAAAGGCAAUGAAUAUGUUCUUGGAAAAGAUCUAGGCGAUGUUAAUCAUGCUCACUUUGUAUUAGAAGGAGAAAUAUCUUUAAUAUUUCGUUUGGAAAUUAGACGGAUGAUUAAUCGUAAUAAAAAAGAAGUAUUCUUAUUAAAAAAGACUUCACAAAAAUUAAAUGAAAAAAAAUAUGAAAAUGUAUAUGCUGAUAUUUGUACACUUUCAGCGAACUCAUGUUUUAAUAUUGGUGAAGAUAUAGAAGACAAAGAAUUUAUAACCACCGAUAUUAACCAAACAAGAUGCUUGUGUGUUCCUCAUUGGUUCAUGGCUGAAACAGAAAAACUUAAAUGUUGGGAAAUGGUAAAGUUGGAUCUUAAUCAUAUUAUUCCAACUAAAGAAAAAAUAUUUUUAAAACUAUGGCGCACCAAAAAACAGCAUUAA